CCGCCAUCAACUUUCAUCCAACAUGGUGAAGGUCAAGGCCAAGGACCUCAGGGGUCAGAAGAAAGAUGACCUUUUGAAAAAACUGGAUAGUCUUAAAAAUGAGCUGGCCACUCUGCGUGUAACCAAGGUAACCGGCGGUCAGGCCAACAAACUGUCUAAAAUCUGCACAGUGAGGAAGUCAAUAGCCCGUGUUCUUACAGUCAUUAACCAAACUCAGAAGGAAAACUUGAGGAAAUUUUACAGAGGCAAGAAGUAUAAGCCCAAGGAUCUGCGUAUGAAGAAAACACGAGCUAUGCGCCGAGCCUUGACGCCGUACGAGCGAAGCCGCAAGACCGACAAGCAGGCAAAGAAAGAGCGUGUCUGGCCGAUGAGGAAGUACGCCGUCAAAUGUUGAAAGACUAUUAACAGAUGUUUGGACAGUGUCGAGUAAAAAAAGAAAAAAAUAAAUCUGUAAAAUAAAUA